GAGGGCUGAGAGAAAUGAAUUCAUGGACAGCUCGGUUCAGAUGCACUUCAGGACAUUUUUCAGUCCAGAGAGAGUUUAAACUCUGGACGCACCGAGGACUCCUGGCCUCUGAGAUUACCCACUAAAUCAGGAUUAGAUGGAAGAAGUCUGAAGAUGCCUGCUUAGUUACCCUCAAGGCUAUUUCCUGUCACAGUCACCGUUCUCUGACGGAGACGGACCGGCCCUUGGCAGAUUGCUUUGGCCGGCGGCCCGUCGAAAAUUGCCAAGAGGAUUUGUCCUGCCUUCGUGUGGACAGAGUUGAUGCGAGGAUGCGGCGCUGAUGAGCAGCCGUCGACGUCUCGAUGAGUGAAGCACAAGCUGGAGUCGUGAUCAUCAGCGGUCCACAGUAACAGCAAGGUGGAGGAUUGGCAGACAGUCAGGAGGGACUUCAGCGACGCACAUUUUCCACUAUGAACCGCGCUUUCAACAGGAAGAAAGACAAGUCGUGGAUGCACACCCCAGAGGCUCUGGCCAAGCACUACAUACCCUACAAUGCCAAGUUCCUUGGAAACACGGAGGUUGAAGCCCCAAAAGGCACAGAAGUUGUGAAGGAUGCGGUGAGGAAGCUGAAGUUUCAGAGGCACAUCAAGAAGUCAGAGGGCCAGAAGAUCCCCAAGGUGGAGCUUCAGAUCUCCAUCUACGGCGUGAAGAUCCUGGAUCCUAAAACAAAAGAUGUGCAGCAUAACUGCCAGUUGCACAGGAUAUCGUUCUGUGCGGACGACAAGACGGAUAAAAGGAUAUUCACGUUUAUCUGCAAAGACUCUGAGUCCAACAAACACCUCUGCUAUGUGUUCGACAGUGAAAAAUGUGCCGAGGAGAUCACCCUGACCAUCGGGCAGGCCUUCGACCUGGCCUACAAGAAGUUCCUGGAGUCUGGAGGGAAAGACGUGGAGACGCGGAAGCAGAUCGGCGGGCUGCAGAAGAGAAUUCAGGAGCUGGAAACGGAAAACGCUGAGCUGAAGAAGCAGCUUCAGGAGCUGGAGGAGCAGCUGAUGAUAGCUCAUGUACCACCACCGCUGCACAUGGACGCGGAAAACGAAGCGGACAUGUUGCAGAGGCCCUCCUCGCUCUUCUGGUUUCACAGCAUCAAGUCGCUGUCCUGUCUGGAGAUCUCCUCCGUCACGCUCACUCCCAUGAGCUCGCCUGAUUCCAACGUGUCCUCUGGGCUACUAACUCCUCCGCCUGCUAAACCUGCUGUCCCUCCUCCUAGAGCGACCGAGGGAUCCAGCAUCCCGCGGCCUCGUGUAGGGAGCGUCUCCAUGAAACUUCAGUCCACGGACGUUUUCGACAUGGUUCCCUUUUCCCCCGUGACACCGCUGGUACCGAGCAAGGCCAGCAACGGCUGCCCUCCGCCUCCUCCGACCACCCUGCCCCCGGACAUGAGUAAAGAUUUAUUUGGAGCCGAGCCGUUUGAUCCGUUCACCUGCGGGGCGGCUGACUUCCCCCCAGAUAUUCAGUCAAAGUUGGACGAGAUGCAGGAGGGGUUCAAAAUGGGACUAACCUUAGAGGGCACCGUCUUCUCUCUGGACCCGCUGGACAGCCGCUGCUAAUGCUGAGUAGGCUUCCAUUCGAGCCAGACUUUUAUCUUCUUUGUAUGAAAAGUGCCAAAAUCCACUCCAUGGUCGAGAUGUCACACCCGCCAUCUUGGGGUUUAUAUGCAUUUGCAUUUAGAUUGGUUUUUCGAUAUUUCAACGUAAACUUGGAUCCAUUAUAGUAAAGAGCUAUUUUUGUAUGAACUGAGAAGAGAAACACUUAUAGAAUGAGACGUUUUGAGUACCUUUGCUUGCACAGGCAAGAUGUAAAUAGUCCGAUAUGUCCAAUGGUACACUCUGUGGCAGAGUUUUCAUAUCUUUGUGAAUUCUGUGUUGGUGACACAUUCCUGUUUAUAUGGCGAACAAAAGCUGACAAGCAAAAUAAAUGUACCAUUAACAACAAUGUUCAGCUUCACUGUAACAUCAGCUAAUUGGUUUACCUCACAUUAUUCCUUUUUAUAUAGAUUAUUCCAGCCAUACUUUUCUAACCCACUGACUCUUCUACAUGUUUUCCCCCCCGAACUCUGUAAUCAUCAUAUUUUCCUACCUCUGUUUUUUGCCAUCCAUGCAGAAAUAUUCCCAUUAUUUACUUUUGGUUACUUUGCAGUUAUUAAAGAAACUCCCCAAACUGGGAAAAAUGACCUUC